GGGGGGCGGCGGGGGCGGCCCGCCCCGGGUGUCACCCGUUUAGGGGUGACACCCGAGCCCGACUAUGACCAUCAGUUAUAGUUCUUUCUAUUUAUAAAAAAUCGUAAAUCUGCGGCAGAGAGCAUAACCGCCACUAAUAAAAUUAUCUAGGUAACUAUAAUAUCGUACCACGAACAUAAUAAUUGAUAUUAAAAAAAAACAAUGUGCACAGUGUCAAUCGAUCAGGGAUUCCCCCAAAAUUUAAUACCCCGUUCGCGCAUAACCAACGCUAGUCAGGGGAUUCCCUCGAUAUAGCGCUCGUCACUUGUAUUGUGGAUUGGGCUUCUUUUGUUUCCGACCGCAUUCAUUUCAAUAUUCGCUUACGUGAACGUGUGAAAGUCUAGUGCAAAGUGUUUGUUAAUUAUUAGAUAUUAUAAACAACAUUUUUUGUAUAAAAGUCGAUUCUUGAAGAAAAUAAACAAGGUAAGUGAAUUAUUUUUGUUAUUACAGGUAAUACUUACAUUUUUUAUCCAUUUAGUUUCUAAUAGCAGUAUCUUAGAUUAUUUUGAAAAACCCUUCAAUUUUAUUCUCUUUUAAUUACUGUGUAUUUUAAACUAUAUUAUUGAGACGUCCUAAAUGAUAAAUAGGUACCUAAAGAAGGUAUUUCAGACGGAUUGCAAUAAUAUUUUUUUGUUUAGCCUGGGCAAGUAUUACUUAUCUACUAAAGGUAUUUAUUUAUUAAAAUAGGUUUUAAAGACUUUGCUGGUGUAAAAAGAUUUUACUUAUAUUUCUACACGUUUUACGAUAUUACUUUAGGUAAUAAUGUUUAAUUGUAAAUAAUAUUCUUAUUUAUUAUUAACUUACUUAAUAUUUUCCUAUCUAAUAGCAAUGGGAUUUGUUUACAAAAACGGAAUACAUUAAGUUUAGAUUUUUGAUUGAAAGUUAUCAUAAUCAUAUCAUACAACUUCGCGUACGUUGAUUUUGCUCCGAGAUGAGCAGCUCGAGCACUCGUGGCACGGAUAUCACAAUUAACGGUGGAGUUUUUAACUAAUAUUUUUCUAAUAAUACUUAAAAACAUAUUUACACCCAGACGCAGGAUUGUUAGGUAAUAUAAAUUAACAAUCCUGCGUCUGGGAAAAAUAUAUUUCACAAAGCUAGUUACGUAACGUAAUACCCAGAACGAAAUAUGCCUCGGGGAAUUCAUACUUCGAAAAGACAAAGCGGGUUUCAACAGAGAAAAGCCAAAAAGGCUAAAAUGGAUGAAAUUCAGAGCAUGUCCGGUUCUCUUUUCAAAUAUGUCACAAAAGCAGAUAGCGGCCAAAGUUCAAGUAAAGUACCCGAGUCUCCUGCUGACGAAAGUAAUGAUUCACAUCUUGGAGACUCACAUUCAGAUAGCAACAUCGACAAUACAGAAUCAAUGAAGACGACCCAGGACCUUGACGGAAUCAAAAUAAAUAAUGAAAAUGACGCCGUUAAUGCUACUUUCGGAGAUAGCAUUAGCUUUGAAGAAUCAGUUCAACACUUGAGAGAUGUUUCACAUUGGAGUUUACCGGUACCUGAUAAUGUUCGCAUUGACAUAAUAAAAAAGGGCAGUGAACAUUUCCAGAACAAAGAAGGACCGUUUCCUACUGUAUCUCGUCAUGGUUCAAAGAUUAAAGGUGAUUCUCGUCAUCUUUCACAGGAAUGGUUUUAUAAACCGAUGCCUAGUGGUGAAAAAAUUCUACGAUCAUGGAUGGUAUUUUCUCCUAUAUCAAAUAACCUGUACUGUUUUUGCUGUCGUUUAUUUGCUGUCAGUAACAUACAAACAACAUUUACAACUGGAUUUCAGAAGUGGUGGAAACUAAAUCCUAAAGUAUUGGACCAUGAAACUUCAUGUGAACAUUUAGAAAAUUUCGAAAAGUGGAAAACUUUGGAAAUGAGAUUAAAAUCUCACACCACAAUAGAUGAUGCAGCCUUGCAAUUAAUGAAUACGGAAAAACAGAAGUGGAAAAAUCUUUUAUCUCGAUUAUUAGAUAUAACAUUGUUUUUGGCUAAACAAAACCUAGCAUUUCGUGGACAUGAUGAAACCAAAGGGUCGUCUAAUAAAGGUAAUUUCUUAGAACUAGUUAAACUGCUGUCAAAGUAUGAUGCAGUACUCAAAGAACAUAUACUAUAUUUGGAGCAGGAAAAAUCACCUAAAGUAACAUAUUUAUCGCCAGAAAUACAAAAUGAGUUCAUAAAUGUUUUAGCUAAUCAUGUAAAAUGUCAGCUUGUAAACGAAAUUAAAUCGGCAAAAUAUUUCGGUAUCAUGUUUGAUAGCACACCUGACGUUUCACAUGUUGAUCAAAUGUCUGAAGUGAUUCGUUAUGUAAAAAUUAAUAAUAGAAAAGUAGAAGUCAAAGAAGUAUUCUUAGGAUUCUUUCCUUUACAUGGAAAAAAAGCAGCUGACUUAAGCGCUGAAAUACUAAAGAAGCUUGAAAACGAUGGCUUAGAUAUUAUGAUGUGUCGUUCUCAAGGUUAUGAUAAUGCUGCAGUUAUGAGUGGUAUACACGGAGGAGUACAAGCUAUUAUAAAAGAAAAAAACAAUAAAGCAAUUUUUAUUGGUUGUAUAGAUCAUUCAAUUAAUUUAUGCGGCCAACAUUCGUUCGCACAAAAUGUGACUUGUGUUACAUUUUUCGGAGCAGUGGAAACAAUAUUUAACUUUUUUUCAACUUCCACAAGUCGUUGGGAAGUGCUCCUCAAUCACAGCAAAGCAUCUGUUAAAAGACUUUCGACAACGCGAUGGAGUGCUCAUUACGGUGCAGUAAAAGUAUUGGCUGAAAAUUUUGAUGGGAUAAUAUCUGCAAUUGAGGAACUAUGUGACCAAGACGUAAAUUUAGAAACUAGAGGUGCUGCACAAAAUCUUAUGCCUGCUGUGUGCAAUUUCUCAUUUCUUUGUUUUCUUUUCUUUUGGAAUGAUGUGCUAAGGGAAGUGAACAAUGCUCAGAUCGCAUUACAAAGUAAAGGUUUAUGUGUUGAUGAAAUAAUCAUAAAACUAGAAGCACUUCGUCUAUUCAUUGGAGAGAAACGGUUGCAUCUAGCAGAAGAGGCAAUAGAUUUUGCUGUACAAAAAUCGGAAAAAUACAACAUUUCGAUGGAACGACGAAUUCGUCGCAAGAAACGCAUGCCCGGUGAGUUAGCGUCGUCCACCGAGGCUGGACUUACACUUAGAGCGGAACUUCAAAAGGACAUGUUAGAAUGCAUUGACAGAUUCAAUAUUGAACUCGAAACAAGAGUAAAGUCCAUUAAAGACGUAGCUUCAUUGUUUGAGGUUGUGCAGUCAAAGACCUUGCUUUCGGCAAACACUGAACAGUUAAAAUUAGCUAUAUCAAAAUUUACUAACCUUUACGAUGAAGUAUCAGAAACAGAACUCCUUUUAGAAAUACCAAGAUUGAGAAGACAUUUAAAAGCGGCUAAUAUUACUGUCUCUAAUUGGGUGAUACUGGACUUUUUGAAAUUUAUUGUGGAAUGGGAUUUUACAGAAUCUCUUCCGAAUCUAACGGUAGCACUAAAGUUAUUUAUAACAAUAUGUGCAUCAGUAGCUUCAUGUGAGAGAAGUUUCAGCAAAUUAAAAUUAAUUAAAAAUUAUUUGCGGUCUACAAUGACCGAAACCAGAUUAAACAAUCUUGGUAUUUUAACGAUAGAACAUGAAGCAACACAAAAUAUAAAUUUUGAAGACGUGAUUUCGGAGUUCGCUAGUGUCAAAGCUAGAAGGAAGAAAUUUUAAUUUUUAACAAACUAAAUUUGUUUUACAUAAUAAACAAAUAUUUGUAAUAGGUACUCAUAUUUUAAUAAAACGUAAAUGAUUAUAACUUUUUUUUAUUUUAACAGUUUCGAUUGAGUUUUAGGGUGACACCUAUAAAAUCCGCCCCGGGUGCCACCUAUGCUA